AUGUUGGUUUGGAGGUUUUGGCUGUUUGGCUGUUUCGUACCGUACGUUCUCGCGCGUAACGAUCAACGUCCAUCAAUCGACUUCGCCGGUAUAGUGGGCAGGCUCCAAUCACUCGACAUCCGUCAGCUGCACAACGAAACACGAUGCGAUCAACAGCUGUUAGCGCUGGUGGCCGGCAUACAGGCGAAAGAGUUUUGGACAGUGAAAUUGCUAGAUUCCUGGGGUAAAUGGCCGGCCGGUAUCUUCGCGGGUAAUCUGUACGAACUAGGGCAUUACGAUCAGUGUGUUGACUUGCGCCACGAGCACAGUUCACCCACCAUAGGCACGAUACGAGGCCGUUACUGCUUGCUGACUGUGCCACUCGACAACUUGUUACCCACGAGUCCUGCAACGCAGCGUAUAAUGCCCGGUACGUCUGGGAAGAUUUGGGCCGCACAUUUGGGUGUGUGCAUACCGGCAGCCUGCACGGCCGAACACUUCCAAGAGUUUCUCAAUGCUACCGUCCCCAGUCUUCCACCUAUAAUGCUUAAUUGCAAUGCACUUGCACCAACACUCAGCACUGCCCAGUGGGUUACGAUAUCCAUUUUCGGCACGAUUGUGCUGCUAGCGGUAGCGAGUACUCUCUACGAGACUGUCACACUAUGUCGGAGUCAGACACCGCACCGAAACUUAAUCAUCUUUUCGCUCUACUGCAACGGAAGGAAACUGCUGGCGACGUAUCAGCGAAACCAACAGGUGGCAUCAGUCAAGUCCAACACAAUGGACUGCAUCAACGGUAUACGGGUUAUAUCGAUGGUGUGGGUUGUAUUUAGCCACAACUACGUCCGUAUCGGUAUGCAGCCCAUCAUCAAUUCGCAUGUCAUUCUAUCGUGGCUUGAAUCGUACCACAGCGUACUCGUCGUGUCGUCUACCGUGUCCGUAGAUACGUUCUUUCUGCUGAGCGGUUUGCUCACGUGCUGGAGCAUACUGAACGCACUGGACAGGUCCGGGAAGCUCAAUCUACCCAUCAUGUACCUGCACCGCUACCUCCGUCUCACACCGGCCCUGGCCGCACUCGUUCUCUUCUCCGCGACACUCAUGCGAUACAUCGGCUCUGGUCCGUUUUGGGACGGCGCCAUGUCACUGACGGAAGAUUCCUGCCAGCAGUACUGGUGGUCGGCACUGCUGUACGUGCAGAACUACGUCAAUCCGCAGAAUGUGUGUCUCGGUCACACCUGGUACCUUUCCGUCGACAUGCAGCUGUACCUGGUCGCACCGUUCCUCAUUUAUCCACUGUGGCGUUGGGGCCGCCGGGUAUUGUUCGUAGUUGUGGCACUGAUCGUUGCCUCCAUGGUCUCGGUGUGCGUGCUGUUUUACGUGCACCAUCUGCGGCUCUCCUUUCUGGCGGUGGAUGAGGAACGUUUGCGUCACGUAUACACAUACUACCCAACGCACACGCGGGCCGGUGCAUGGUUGGUCGGUGUGAUAUACGGGUAUGUGUUGCAGCGCACCAAAAAACACUACGUACAGCUCUCGCGCUGGUACGUUGCGCUCGGCUGGGCGCUAGCGUGUACCGCCGUGUUGACGAUACUACUCGCCGACCAUCCCAUCCAGCAGCCGGACUACGGAACCUUACCACAGGCGGUGGACGCCAGCUACGAGUCACUCAGCCGGGUCUUUUGGGCUGUCGCCAUCGGGUGGAUUGUGUUCGCGUGCGUGAACGGAUACGGUGGACCGAUCAAUGAAUUUCUCGGCGCGACGUUCUGGCAACCGCUUGGUCGCUUGUCGUACGCGAUCUAUCUGCUACACUUUCCGAUCCAGAUUAUGAUGGCAGGAUUUGCCCGUAUACCGUACUACUUUACCGAUCUCUUGGCCGCAUAUCAGUUUUGGGGCGACAUUGGCUUCACGCUGACAGUCGCACUAUUCUGGACGCUGCUGUUCGAGUCUCCAAUUAUCGGUGUGGAACGGAUGCUAUUUGGACGUGGUCGAGAACCAUCAAAGAAGUCUUCAGAAAAACCUAAUACAGUAAACACUGACGAAAGCCGAGUGAUACCGAAAUCUCUCUCACUAACAAUUCAAACUGCACGCAUGUAA